CACCAACAGCCACCCGGCCCCCUGCCCUCAGCCCCAGCCUCAUCGCGUCACGGCAUCGGUUUCAAAACGCACUUCCUGUCUCCGCUGUCAGCGAUGCGGAAGAUCAAUGGGAACGGGCGAGAAAAUAAAGAUAAAUAGAUAUAAAGCGGCAGGUGCGGGAAGGUGAACGUGGAUAUCGGGGAGCGGAGCGGAGCAGAGCACCGGGCUGCUCGGCGCCGAAGUUUAAACCGCUGCGAUCGGCUGGGGAUGAUGAGCCGCGACGCCUCUUGGCGGUAAUGCUGGGCAAGCGGGACACACCGGCGUGAAUAAUAAGAAAGUUUCAUAAAAAAGUAAGAGAAGUUCAUUCCGGUACCUGCAGAAACUGGAGGAAGAAAGGGAAGUUUGACGGGGAAAUAUGGAAAAUAAGGUGCAGAUGAGGAAUAACCCACGCAGGCAGCUGAAGAAACUGAGUGAGGACAGUUUGACAAAGCAGCCAGAAGAAGUGUUUGAUGUUCUGGAGAAGCUGGGUGAAGGGUCCUAUGGCAGCGUGUUCAAAGCCAACUAUAAAGAGACUGGAGAGAUCGUGGCUAUCAAGCAGGUCCCUGUGGAGUCGGACCUCCAGGAAAUCAUCAAGGAGAUCUCCAUCAUGCAACAGUGUAACAGCCCACAUGUCGUCAGGUACUAUGGCAGCUACUUCAAGAACAGCGACUUGUGGAUCGUGAUGGAGUACUGCGGUGCUGGUUCGGUGUCCGACAUCAUCCGGCUGCGGAACAAAACGCUGACGGAGGACGAGAUCGCCACCAUCACCCAGUCGACGCUCAAGGGGCUGGAAUACCUGCACUUCAUGAGGAAGAUCCACAGGGACAUCAAGGCUGGGAACAUCCUGCUCAAUUCAGAAGGCCAGGCCAAGCUGGCCGACUUCGGCGUGGCAGGGCAGCUGACGGACACCAUGGCGAAGCGUAACACCGUCAUCGGCACUCCCUUCUGGAUGGCGCCGGAGGUGAUCCAGGAGAUCGGCUACAACUGUGUGGCUGAUAUCUGGUCCCUGGGCAUUACAGCCAUCGAGAUGGCGGAGGGGAAGCCGCCUUAUGCUGACAUCCAUCCCAUGAGGGCCAUAUUCAUGAUCCCCACAAACCCUCCCCCGACGUUCCGAAGCCCGGACCGGUGGUCCGAGCCGCUCAAGGACUUCGUCGCCCAGUGUCUUGUGAAGAAUCCGGAAAACAGAGCGACCGCCACACAGCUGCUUCAGCACCCUUUCAUCAAGGGUGAAAAGCCCAACGCCAUCCUGAAGGCUCUGGUCACUGAUGCCAUGGAGAUCAAGCUGAAGAAACAGGAGGCCCAGCAGAGGGAGCAGGACCAGGAGGACGACGAGAACUCAGAUGAAGAUGAUGUGGACCAAGGAACGAUGGUGAGAGCAGGUUCCGGCGACUCCGGAACCAUCCGGGUGGCUGUCCCCAUGGAAGAAGCCUCGCGCACGAUGGUCGAAGUCGACUCCACCUUGGACUCACGGCUCGGCACCAUGGUUGUUAACUCGGACGAGGAGGAUGAGGAGGAAGAGGAGGGCAGCACCAUGAAACGCCGGGGAGAGACCGUGCAGCCUGCCAAGCCAUCUUUCUUACAAUAUUUUGAACAGAAGGAGCAAGAAGCAAACAAUUGUACCAAGGAUGAUGGUCAUAUAGCGGACAACCGCAAGCUUCCAGCAGAGGGCGACUUUGCUUUGAUGCAGAGCUGGAGUGUGGAUGAGCUGAAGGCCAAGCUGGCUGCCCUGGAACCUCAGAUGGAGCAGGAAAUCAAGGAGAUCCAUCAGCGCUACCAGACCAAGCGCCAACCCAUCCUGGAUGCCAUUGAGGCUAAGAAGCGUCAGAAGAACUGAGAGGGGUGGCAUUCCAGACCCGAUCCUUUUCCUCCAUGCUGGAGAAGACUUUUGGCCAAUACUUAUUCCACAAGCUGGACUUUCACUGUCAAACAGAGGUCUCCUUAUUCCUCAUUCUUCUAAUGCUUGAGAAAUGACCAUGUAGUGCUGUGAACAAAAACUGCCAAAUGGGUGUUUUUUUAAGCAUGUUUCUCCUGUCAAGGUUUGGAAUACCUGUUACUCCAAACUAUUUCAGUGAUCACUUUUGGUACUGGAUAUCUCCCCCCCCCCCCCUUCCCCAGGAACUGGGUAUGAAAAGACUGUGGUACCGAUAUUCAACCUGUGGUUUAUGUUACAUCUCGGUUGCCUUGUUUGCAUCUGUUCUGCUUUGAAUAGGAAUCUAGGGUUGAAAGGUUACAAAUUCACCAGUUUGAAAUAAUUUGAGUUACAUUGCGAAUUGUCAUAUUUUAGUGCUCUUUCGGUACUAAUGGUUUUAAUUCACACACCUUAACUUGGUAAGCUCUCAGGAGUGAUCAAUACAGUGAAGUAUGUCGCAACUUAUGCAACUAGCCAAAAGAAAGGGACAAUGUUCGGAAAACCCAAAUGCUGAUCGACCCCUUUGGGUUACAUGGACUUUUCCUGAAGAGUCUUUUGUUUCAUGGUAUGAGAUCUGGCAAAAAAGUCGCCUCUUUAGACUAUGGUGCAUUUUUGCUUAUUAUCUCUUUCUUAUUUUCAGCAAAUAAUCACUUAGAUUCAGGGAGUUUUAACUGUGCAUUUCAUACAUUCCAGGUUUUAGGAAACAAGAAUAUAUUUUUAAAAUAGCUGUUCCUUAAUAUUACAGGAAAUGUAGCUGAGUUUUUCCUAACCAGGUGUUUUCAUGUGUAACCUGGCAACUCAGGUCAGAUCUGUUCAGGUUCUGUGGUGUAUAAAUGUGUAAAAAAAAAAAAAAAACCAUGCUGAGAAUAUAUAAAAUGGAUAAUCUGACAGAAUCUUAUUUUGAUUCGAGAGGGACUUCAGUUUUAUUGCGUGACCCAGCACAGAACAGUGUCCUACUCAUUGUUCUUUAUCCUCUGAGGAAUAUGAUUUAUUGUAUGUGUAUAUAUGGAACUAAAACUAUGAACUGUGUGUUGAAUAACCAAAUGACCCCUUGAUGAUGUUGCAUUGACACUGUUUUUUUUUCCUCUUGAAUGCUGUAGUAGUUAUAUCACUGGAAGACAUUACGUCUUAAUCUGAAUGAAGAACCAAGCCGAAGCGUGGUCCAUAACUUGAGAUUCGUUAAUUUUUGUACAUGCCUUGAACUUAUCAGUGUUUUGUAAUUUUGUUUUUAGAAUGUUUUAUGAAUUAAAGGUUUUAGCUACUAAUUUGGUCAUUGUAGUAUGAUUUGGUUGCAGCAGUGCUGUCUGAGUCAUGCCCUUAUACAUAUCAGUGAUUAAUCUGUUUUGUGAAGGUAAUAAAAUUUCAGAGAAGACGCACAGGUACGCAGCCAUUGAAUGACAGGUGCAUGCUCUUAAUAGCAGACAAAACGCACUUAGUCCUAUGUAGCAGACUUGUUUGUUUUAGGAGCUAAGUUUUAUUGCCUUGGCAUUGUAUUUCUUUGACCUGUCCUUUAUUGGCCAAAACAGCCUGUGAAUAAAUUUUUAAUGGGGUGACUAAAAAUAUGA